AUGUUUCGUCUCGUUGCCACACGUAUUAUAUCUACUGGUAGAAUACAAAUAAAGUUUCCAGGAUGUUUAUCUUAUUCAUCUCGGCGUUUUCUACAAAAUUCUACAUCUCAAUCGAAUGAUCAUCUUGUUACAUCAACAAUUUCAUCAGUUGAUACAAACAAAAGUGAAGAAUCUAGUCAAAAGAAGUAUGUUUCUUUAACUACGAAUAAAGUUUUCAUUGAAGGUUUCAUGUAUAUUUUAUUAACCAAGAUUUAUCGUUUUUGUUUUAGUAAAUCAGCAUCUCUACCAAAAAUUUAUACGCGUAAAGGCGAUCGAGGUACAUCAUCUCUUUUAAGUUCUGGUACAAAUCGUUUAUCAAAAGAUUCAUUAGUAUUUAAUGUACUUGGUACUAUUGAUGAACUAUCAUCAACAAUUGGUAUUGUUAUUUCAACAUGUUCUUUCCCUUCAAUAUCAAAACAAUUAGAAAACAUUCAAUGUGCUCUAUUUGAAAUUGGUUCAUGUGUUGCUGCUGAAAAUCGUUCAUCUCGUUUUACAUUCAAUAAUAUUACAUUAAUAAAACAAUUAGAAGAAGAAAUUGAUAAAAUGACAGAUGAAUUACCACCAUUACGUAAUUUUAUUUUACCUGGUGGUUCUAGUCAAACAGCAUCGUAUGUUCAUUUUUCAAGAGCAGUCUGUCGUAGAUGUGAACGUUUAUUAACAAAAUGGUCAAACAAUCAAAUUGAAGAACAACAAGAAACAGUGAUGAAAAUUUAUUUAAAUAGACUUAGUGAUUAUUUAUUUACAUUAGGACGAUAUAUAACAUUUAAAGAAGGACAUAAAGAAAUCUUAUAUCAUAAAAGCAAAUAA